GCCUCGUCCCUCCUCCUCCUCGGAGCGGGGCCGCGGGCGCGGCCGGGCGCGGCGAGGAGCGGGACCGGGGCUGCUGCACCACAGGAGGAGCCGGCCCAGGAAAAAAAUGAAAAUAUUUUCUGAGUCUCACAAAACUGUUUUCGUUGUGGAUCACUGCCCCUACAUGGCAGAAUCAUGCAGGCAGCACGUGGAAUUCGAUAUGUUAGUGAAGAACCGCACCCAGGGCAUCAUUCCUCUGGCACCCAUCUCCAAGUCCCUGUGGACCUGCUCAGUGGAGUCAUCCAUGGAAUACUGUAGAAUAAUGUAUGAUAUUUUCCCUUUCAAGAAACUGGUGAACUUCAUUGUGAGUGAUUCUGGGGCUCAUGUGUUGAAUUCUUGGACUCAGGAAGAUCAGAACUUGCAGGAGCUGAUGGCGGCGCUGGCGGCCGUGGGGCCGCCGAACCCGCGGGCGGACCCCGAGUGCUGCAGCAUCCUGCACGGGCUGGUGGCCGCCGUGGAGGCGCUCUGCAAGAUCACCGAGUACCAGCACGAGGCCCGCACCACGCUCAUGGAGAACGCCGAGCGCGUCGGCAACCGCGGCAGGAUCAUCUGCAUCACCAACGCCAAGAGUGACAGCCACGUUCGGAUGCUGGAGGAUUGCGUUCAGGAGACCAUUCAUGAGCACAACAAGCUUGCAGCUAACUCUGACCAUCUAAUGCAGAUUCAGAAAUGUGAACUGGUGUUAAUCCACACGUACCCAGUUGGUGAAGACAGCCUUGUUUCAGAUCGUCCUAAAAAAGAGCUCUCCCCUGUUCUAACCAGUGAAGUGCACAGUGUCCGUGCAGGGAGGCACCUGGCUACAAAACUGAAUCUUUUAGUACAGCAACACUUUGAUCUGGCUUCAACCACAAUAACUAACAUCCCUAUGAAGCCCACAUUCAAUGUCUGUGAUCAGGAAGAACAACAUGCUAACACAUCAGCCAACUAUGAUGUGGAGCUGCUUCAUCACAAAGAGGCACAUGUGGAUUUUUUAAAGAGUGGUGAUAACCACGUGGGUGGCAAUAGCAGAGAAGGCACAUUUAAAGAAACUGUGACACUGAAAUGGUGCACUCCUCGAACCAACAGUGUGGAACUGCACUAUUGCACCGGAGCAUACAGAAUUUCACCAGUAGAUGUAAAUAGCAGACCUUCUUCAUGCCUUACAAACUUUCUCCUUAAUGGUCGCUCAGUGUUGUUGGAGCAGCCACGCAAGUCUGGCUCAAAAGUCAUCAGCCACAUGCUCAGCAGCCACGGGGGAGAGAUUUUCUUGCACGUGUUGAGCAGCUCCCGCUCAAUCCUGGAAGAUCCCCCCUCAAUUAGCGAGGGCUGCGGUGGGAGGGUCACUGACUACAGGAUCACAGAUUUUGGUGAAUUUAUGAGGGAAAACCGAUUAACUCCUUUUCUAGAGCCCAGAUAUAAGAUGGAUGGAAGUCUUGAAAUUCCAUUGGAACGUGCAAAAGAUCAGUUAGAGAAACAUACUCGUUACUGGCCUAUGAUUAUUUCUCAGACCACCAUCUUCAACAUGCAAGCUGUAGUGCCAUUAGCCAGUGUGAUUGUGAAGGAAACAAUGACUGAUGAGGAUGUGCUGAAUUGUCAAAAAACAAUAUACAAUUUGGUGGACAUGGAGAGGAAGAACGAUCCACUGCCAAUUUCAACAGUUGGUACCAGAGGAAAGGGGCCAAAAAGGGAUGAGCAGUACCGCAUCAUGUGGAACGAGCUGGAGACCCUGGUGCGAGCGCACAUCAACAACUCUGACAAACACCAGCGCGUCCUGGAGUGCCUCAUGGCCUGCAGGAGCAAACCCCCCGAGGAGGAGGAGCGCAAGAAACGGGGCAGGAAGAGAGAAGACAAAGAGGACAAGUCAGAGAAGCUGGGCAAAGACUAUGAAUCAGAUAAGCCAUGGCAGGAUUCAGAGAGGUUAAAAGGUCUUUUGGAUCGGGAGAAAGAAGAACUGGCAGAAGCUGAAGUUAUCAAAGACUCCCCUGAUUCUCCUGAGCCCCCCAACAAAAAGCCUCUCAUUACAAUGGAUGAAAUGCCCACAGUUGAAAAGGCAAAAGGGCCAAUGUCCUUGCUGUCUUUAUGGAGCAACAGAAUUAAUACUGCCAACUCUAGGAAACACCAGGAAUUUAUUGGCCGGUUGAACUCUGUCAACAACAAAGCUGAGCUGUAUCAACAUCUGAAAGAAGAAAAUGGAAUGGAAACAACAGAAAAUGGAAAAGCAGGCCGGCAGUGAGGAUUAAUUCUGUUUCUUGGGACAAAACCUGGCCAAAAUGCAAAACUAUUUAAUGCUGGAAUUGCUCCUGGUACUGUUUCAAUACAAUUGUAUAGCUGUGGUUUGAUUGGUUUUUACAUUUUUCUAGACCUAUUUUUGCUAUGAAGUAUGAAACCUGCGUAUCACGUUAAACCAGCUGUGUGCAAAUAGGAGCUGUCCUGAAGCGUUUUCCAGUCGUGCUUUAGGAUGAAGAAAACCUCUGCUGCCAUGGAGUAAAUCAAGUAAUCAAAAAUGUUAGUCACCUUAAAGUCCUUGCCCAGAAGUAUUGGAUACUAUUUCAAAAUCAGUGAUGACUGUCUGAAAAAAAAAAGAAAAAUUGAAGUAAUUUA